AUGGGAGUCAUACAAGAAGUCAACACUGCUGUAGCCAGCGAUGCUCCACCACCAUACACAUCACCAACAAGCGCAACCCGUCCCAAAUCAUCCUUCUUCAAAGCCCUCACAUCGAGUCUCCGCUCCAAACCCGAUCCCCUCGUCUCGGCCCUCUGCCACGCCUCCUCCCGUGGCGAUGAACAACAACUUCAAGCUUUUAUAUCCCAAGGAAUAAACAUCCACGGCCGAAACGAAGAUGGAAACACACCCCUCAAAUGCGCAAUCCUACAAGACCAAGCAGGUGCUGCACGAAUCCUCAUUUCCGCAGGCGCAACGACUAAUAAACUCCCACCGUUAUUCAAAGCUGCUGCUAUGGGCAGUCUGAACGUAGCCAAAAUAUUGCUUGAUACUGAGGAUGUUAAUGCGGUUAUGAAGAACGGACAACCUUGUUUCGUGGAGGUUGUUAAUAAAGGGAAUUUGGCGGGUGUGCGGUUUCUUCUUGAGAAUGGUGUUAAGGCUGAUGCGACGGUUUGGCCUGGUGGAAGCCUUCUUGCUCAAGCUGUAAAGAAAGGCCAAGAUGAUAUCGUCGACCUUUUAUUGAACUAUGGCGCCGAUGUUAAUAGUGCUGAUAUCAACGGAAACUCGGUCCUCAACAUCGCUAUCCAGGAAGGCACUGCCAAGUUGGUAGGAAGACUUCUCGAACAAGGCGCCCAGACUCAACCAGCGACUAUUCUCUGCACUACUGUUCUUGAAUACACGAUCAACAAGAAGCGUCUGGACAUUCUGAGACAACUUGUUGCUGCUGGUGUCGAUCUUGGAUUGACAGAUGCGCACAAUCAACCCAUUCUCAUCAAAGUCAUCAGGAACUGUCUUCUCAAACCCCAAGACAAACUCGAAGUCAUCCGAAUCCUCCUCGACAAUGGCGCAGACCCUAAUACAACAGAUAUAGUCUUCGGUCUUCCCGCGCUGUGCCACGCCGUCGAAACAGCCACCCCAGAAAUCGUGGAAGAAUUGCUCACGCUCGAUGCAGAGACCAAAAUUCGCAUGCUAGGUGGACAAACGAUGAUAACAUACUCCAUCGACGUGAAUCAUCGGAACCACAUCAAAACUCUGCUCGCGUAUGGUGUUGAUGUUAAUGAAGUUGACGGUUUGAAUAGAACGCCGUUGAUGUUGGCCAUUUUGAGGCUGGAUUUUAACAUGGCUAAGAUGUUUAUGGAUCAUGGAGCUGAUCCUGCUGCUGAGGUUAAUGAGGGUGCGAUUAAGUUUAUUAAGGCUUUGAAGAGGAGGGAUUUUCUGGAGAUACUUGGUCUUACUGGUGAACCGAGGGUACCUGUUUUGUCUCCUGCUAGAGCUGGGCCUUCUUCGCGCGUGGUUGAACCACCGGCUUCAAUCGAAGAGCAAGCACCUGACGUUCCGCCGCCUUCGUAUGAAGUUGUCGUCGGAAAGGUUUGA